UGAUUUUUCAUCAUAUAUCAUUUCCAAAUAGACACUUAGAUCUGCCGGAAGCCUACCCAAAGAAUGGUAAGAAUGAUUUUCUUAGGCUAUCCUCUUAUAAUAUCUUUAUCUAUUCUAUCCCAAGGCUUCCUGUUUUCAGUUUCAAAGUCUAUCAGAAAAUCAGAGACUAGUGAUGCUCUAUUAGAUACAAUUGCUCUAAGAAAAGCAUUAUGGAACGGUGAUAUGAUAGAGAAAUCGGAAGCUAACCCGCAGAAUCAUUACUCCAUGGACGACAGUACAAAUGUUAAUGAAGACGAGGAAAGCCUAAAGACUACAGGCCCUCAAAACAGUUACUUCAGCCGUGAUUUUCCUUUAAGUGUUGCCUUGAAACAGAUUCCGUUUUCACCAUUUAAAAGUUCAGUCCGAAAUUUGGAAACUGGAGAUGAAAAUGUUGAAUUAACACACGAACGAAGAGAUAUUGGCGAAAAUGAAAAUGCUGCAAAGUUUCCCAUAGGGAGAAGAGAUUUUGAUAUGCUCAGGUGCAUGCUUGGAAGAGUUUAUCGACCAUGCUGGCAGAUAUGAUGUACAGACCAAAACUGAACAACACCCGAUGGACGUAUAUCUGCAACCCACCCCUGGAAUGGACAGAGGAGCACAUGCAUAUAGUUUGCAUACAUUUAUUAAAUAAAAAAUACAAAAUAAAAUACUGAUCUGAGCAAUGUAAACCUGUUACGAAUUUCUUAUCACAAGUAUCACAUGGUUAAAAUAAGGGGGAAAGAAAUUGUUCACAUAUUACUAAAACAUAACACAUUUUCAACAGUACAAAUGAAAGUUUAUACACGGAAGAAGCUUGUUAACUUGGCUUGUCCUACAAUCAGUUUGUUUUUGGGUGCGGAUUUCCCUUUAGCUCUUGUGGCUGUAUUUUCCUUAGUUGUAGCUGAGCCAGCUGUAGCCCUCUUCUGAGGGGGCUCAUUAUCUAGCUUGUCAUGAGUUUCUCCUUUGUCUACCUGCUUUCUUUUCCUACUCUUUUGUACAGUCUUUCCUACUCUUUCCGAGUCUUCGCUGGACUUUCCUUUCACAUCUUUGUUGUCAGUGUUUCCUGACCUUAUCUGAAGUGCUGGUUUUUCUUUCUGCACAUAACCUAUAAUGAAGCAAAGUAAAACAUUUUAAGAAAAAACAAGUAAGAUCAAUAAACUUACACAUACUGUAGGAAAUAUUAAUGCUUCUAUUUACCAAAUUAUCCAGCAUUUCCAUUUCCAGCAUUUACAUCGUACACCACAGAAGAAAAAUGGAGGCUCUCCAUAAUAUGUGAACAUCUUAUCAAAAGUUAUUGUAUGUGCUGUUAUUGUGCUACCCAAACAAGAUGUAAAAUAAUAAAAGUUAUAUUAUAUGCACAGAUUA